CCAAGAGAUCAGGCAGGAAGGCGCCGCUCCUGAAAGGGAAGGGCUCCACGCUGGAGGGAUCUUCGCCCGGGAGGGGAAAGGAAGGGAAGGGAAGACUACAGGUCCCAGCAUUCCCGGGUGACGUCACCGGGAGGGAGGGAGGAAGUGGCGGGCUCCGGGUUGGCGGCUCUGCCUGUGUCUCUUUCGCUUUUACUUUCUGACCUAAGACAGGAAGAAGACCAGAUUUUGUGGGAAUGAUAUACACAGCGUUGUUGCAACUUGUCCAGUCAUUCAGUAUAGACAAAAGACUGCCUAUUGACAGAGCCAGAAAGUGAAACUAAACAAAUAAACGAGAGCAAACCUCAGGAGAAGAUGGCAGAGAAAAUCACACAAACUGCUCAAAAAGACUUUCCUGAAGAAAAAGGCUCUGUGCCACAGAGGAAAAUGAUUAUCCAGCCACCAAAUAGUGAAAAUAUUCUCACCAAUACUCAGCAAAAGCCCUUAGAUGGAAUUCCAAUGAAGAAAGAGACUGGUGAGCUUCCAAGGAUUUCCUCAGGUUCAAUGGCCUUCCCAGAAGGAAGUUCAGUGGACAAUGAUGUGGUCGAUUCUUCAGAGGAAAGGACUGAAUAUUCAACCCAAGUUGCCUUGCAAGAUUCUUCAGUGACAGAGGAAGACAGUUCAUCUGAAAUUGUCCUAGAAUCAAAAAUGAGUUCAUUGGAUCAGCAGAAUCAGUGCUCAUUGAAACAUUCUGAAGACACUAAAGAGGAUCUCUUCAGUCAGGAAUCAGUUAUAUUAGUUCAAAAGCCUGAAGAUGCAAGUAGGAAUGAGUCUUUAACAGAAGACUCCAAGGAAAAGGAAUUUAUAUCAGAGAGAAAGAUUGUUCUUCAGCCACCAAAUGUUCUAACCAAUACACAGCAAAAUGAAACACAAGAAACAAAAGAUUCCUUGUUGGAAAAGAGCUCCGAUGGAAUUCUACUGAAAACAGAGACUGGUGAGCCUCCAAGGAUUUCCCCAGGUUCAGUGGCCUUCCUUGAAGGAAGUUCAGUGGACAAUGACAUGGUCGAUUCUUCAGAGGAAAGGACUGAAUAUUCAACCCAAGUUGCCUUGCAAGAUUCUUCAAUGGGAGAGGAAGACAGUUCAUCUGAAAUUGUCCUAGAAGAAAAAACGAGUUCACUGGAUCAGCUGAACCAGUGCUCAUUGAAACAUUCUGAAGACAAUAAAGAGGAUAUCUUCCAUCAGGAACCAGUGAUAUUAGUUCCAAAGCCUGAUGAGUCAAGGAGGGAUGAGUCUUUGACAGAAGUUGUAGGAAACACAGUUUCCAAAUCAGAGACUGGAGAGGCAAACCAAUGCCUUACACAAGAAGGACGCACAGAGAGCAUAAUUAAAUUAAUGGAGAAUUGUCUGCUUCUUGCUCUUCAAGGCUUGUCCUUUCAUGGAAUUCUGGGAGUUCUGGUGUUUUUGGUGGCCGUUUUCAUCAGCAGCGGCUACUAUACCUCCCGUCCCGCAGUUGUGCCAAAAAAUCCAGCUGUAGAGGCCUUCCUGUCAAGGUUCGAUCCACUGAAAGACAGCUUCCCAGAUCAGAGCCCUUACCUGUGGGGACGUGUGCGGAAGGUCCUGCAGAAGCACCUCAACGUUUCCCACCACACUGAGCCGGCCAUAUUAAUUUUUACCGCAGCCCAGGAAGGAGAAGCGACUUUGAAGUGCUUGAGCGUUCAGAUUGCUGAUGCCUACUCAUCAUCCCUCCAGGGCAGCACUAUCCUGGUUGAUGGAGCUUCAAAAUCCACACUAAACAGUGACCGUGCCAAACUGGCCGUUGAUGAAGAGCUGAGCUUGGGCUUCCACGGUGGAGGGAAAGCAGCAGUGGUGCACCAGUUUGAGUCACUACCCGCAGGUUCCACUUUAAUCUUUUAUAAGUACUGUGACCACGAGAGUGCAGCUUUCAAAGACGUGGCACUGAUUUUGACUGUUUUGCUGGAGGAUGAGAAACUGGAGCCAGAUGUUGGGUUGCAAAUAGUGGAGGAACAUGUGCGGGACUUUCUCUGGGCCAAGUUCACCAAGUCAGACAUGCCCAGUUCUUACAACCACAUGGAUACAGACAAGCUGAGUGGGUUAUGGAGUCGCAUAUCCCACUUAGUUCUGCCUGUUCAUCCAGUACAAACUCUGGAGGAUCGAGGUUGCUCUUUGCAAACCAGGCCAAGAGGUGAUUCAGGGGAGCGCCCAGAGAAAGCCUGAACACCCGGGAGGAUUUGAAACAGAGGUGACUUUUUCUGAGUGGAACUAAGCCAUUCAGGAUCUAGAAUUUGAAUGAUGACUGUUGAUUUUUUAAAAUCAAUUAGACAUUUAGAUGUCACUUUUGAUACUUGGAGAAGAAAUUAGUAAUAUAUUAGUUUGUCUUUGCAACUGGUUGCACACAUUGCCAUGCAAUUUAGGGGAGUGGUUUUAAAGUUAGACAGGUUAUGAGAGGCUGAUACUUGACUCUUGCACAUUAUAUAUUUUAAAUAUUUUUGCCACUGGAAGGCAAUGGACAAGAUACAGAUACACAGAAAACAGUCCUUCACAGAAUCAGCCUUUCUUAAGAGUUAUUUUUAAAGCGGGUGCUUUUCCCAGCUUUGUUUUAUCUAGAACAAUGGUUCCCAACCUUUGAUCCUCCAGCUGUUUUGCAGUUCAACUCCCAGAAAUCCCAGCCAGCUUACCAGCUGUUAGAAAUUGUGGUAGUUGAAGUCCAAAACACUUAGAGGACCAAAAGUUGAGAACCAUUGAUCUAGAAUGUGGUGGACACCUGUGGCUGCAACUUACUAUUGGCUUAGGUGGCUAUGCUACAGGUGUAGGCCAAAAAAACAUCUAGAAGGCAACAGGUGACCCAUCUGAUGGAAAUGAAAUUAUUGUGUGUAAAUCGGCUAUGGCGCUUGGCUGAUAGUUUAUAUUGUCUUGUCACACACAAAAAUCAGCCUCAUAUUAGUGACCUUUCGUAACAGCAACCAAAAUGACAUAAAAGUGUGCAAGCUUUUGUGAUUGCAAACAGUUUUAUUUGCCAAGAAACAAUGUGCAAGAGAAAUCUUAAGUCAAUCAUGCAUACAAUAUGUCUACUUUUUGUUCCUAUUUACUACAGAAAUCAGCACAAGCGGUGUUCAGGGUACGUAGGAUAUCCCGUGUUUUGAAUAAGCAAAACAACUUAAGACUCAUGAACACUUGCAAAAAUGUUUUUGCACACACAAAAUUCCUAGGAAUUCUGGAAAUGGAAAGAAUUAUGUUACUUGACCAUAUUUGCUUGAUUGGGUGUCUAAAGCUGGGAAUUUGAGAAAGUUUAUAGGUAUUCUUUCAUCCCUAGCAUUUACACUGAAGAUGGCAGCAUAUUGCACACAGAUCCUUUCCACUGUACCCUGUAAUAAUUUCCUGGUAUUUAAAUAUUAAUUGCUAUUCUUUCACUACUGCAUAAUUUACACUGAUAGUGAAAAUCUAUGUGUACUCAGAAGUGAGCUGCCAAUUUUGGACUUGCCAUAUGUGCUGUACCUCUAUCAAAAUUUUAAUCUGAAGCAGUAGAAUCAUAGAGCUGGAAGAGACCACAUGGGCCAUUCAGUCGAACUCCCUGCCAUGCAGGAAAAGCACAGAGUACCCCUGCAAGAUAGCCAUCCAGCCUCUGUUUAAAAGACUCUGAAGAAGAAGCUUCCACUACAGUAAAAAGGUUAUGGUAAUUCAUGUGCACCUCCAUGCAUAUCGGUUUCUGUGAAUUAAACAGCAGUAAAAGCUACAAGAACAGGUCUACUGGCAACACAGCUAAUGAGUAAAUAAACAGGUAUAUAAAAUUACAAGCCUAAUUUUCAAUAACACUAAACACCUAUGUCAAUAAUGCUGAGAUCAAGAAUAAAAAUAAAACAUUUGAAAAUUC